CACCUCAUUCUGCGUCAGUUCGACAUCAUUGAGAAGCAGUUUCCCGGUACCACGUACAAGGUCACGCUCAAGAAGUCAGAAGAGAUCCGCCUGAACCAGUACUCGCGCCAUGUGGCCUCAGGUAUGAGCGCCGAAGAUGCUGAGAAUUGCGUUGCGCCUGCUCCAGGCAAGCAUUUUGAGGCGCCCGUCGAAGUGCUCCGUGAGUUGGACCUGUCGCUUGGUCGUGGCAAGACCUAUAAGGAAGUUCGCGACAUCGUCGACGUCAUCCUCCAGAUGCUUGAGGGAAAUGAGUGCGAGCAGGUUCCUGCUAUCGAAUUUCUUCCCGAGCUCCCCGGCAAGAGUGUGUCGCCUGCUACGGUCCCGACCAAGACUCCCGUUACGAAGUCAACUAGGUCUUCCAAGCGCAUCUCCAACAAGGGUUCUGUCAAGAAGACGAGCUAG